AUGGGCCUUCGCAGAGCUGCACGCGUGAUCCUCAUCGGUGCCCCGGGCGUAGGCAAGGGAACACAGUCCGAACGUCUACUUGCGCGCUUCCCCCAGCUGUCGGCCAUCUCCUCGGGGGAUUUGCUGCGCCAAAAUGUCAAAACCCGAACCCCCCUCGGCAUUAAGGUAGAGAGCACUAUCAAGACUGGUGGUCUAGUUUCGGAUGACCUGAUCCUACGACUCAUCACAAACGAGCUUGGUAACCGCGGAUGGCUGUCCGGCGGACGUCAAAACGUCAUGACGCUUGCCUCUUCGGCCAUUGAGGUCGCCGAAGCAUACGAAGAUGCGAAUCCCUUCAUCACCGCUGGGAGUAGGAAUCCGGCAGCAGGCGCCACGUUGUCGGCGCAGGCUUUAGAGGAUCCUCGCGCCUCGUUUCUACUUGACGGCUUUCCUCGUACUGCAACGCAAGCCGAGCGACUGGACGAGAUCGUGCCGAUGAACAUGGCUAUAUCCAUCAAGACGCCCUUCGAGGUCAUCAUGGAGCGGAUUCACUCACGCUGGGUCCACGAGCCAUCUGGCCGUGUCUACAACACCUCCUUCCACAUCCCCAAGGUCCCUGGCAGAGACGAUAUGACCGGCGAGCCACUCGUACAGAGGGCUGACGAUGACGAGAAGAUCUAUCGCUCGCGAUUCCAGAAAUUCCAAGAGACGAGUGAGCCGCUGCUGGAGCAUUACGCCAAAAAAGGCGUUCUGUGGGAGGUGCAAGGCAUGAGCUCUGACGAGAUCAGCCCGAAGCUGUAUAAAGAAUUUGAACGCCGCUUUGCGUAG